AUGCAUGUGGGCAUUCACCGCCCUUUGAGACCAAAAUCGAGCAGGCUGUUGGCCCUUCCGCUGUCGGUGCUGUCGGUGGCGUCCAAGCCUGUCUGGGCGGCCGGGUGCUUCGCCCUAGGAUUCCUACCCGGCGGCGCGAGGAGGGGCGGCAGACGGCCACAGGUCGGCGUCUACCCCGGGCGAGACCCUGGCGUCGUCUAUUACGUGGGAAUCAUCGACGUCUUGCAGAGGUACAACCUCAAGAAGAUGCUGGAGAGGGGGGCCAAGGGGGUGGUCUACGAUCGACAUGAGCUAUCCGCGGUGCCCCCGGAUGAGUAUCGCGACCGCUUCGUAGCGUUCAUCGACGGAAGAACCGAGUGA